AUGGAACGACGAUCUUCGGAAACCUCGUUUAGCGUGGAGAGCGUUUCCGACGCGGAAAGCUGGGAUCUCCUUGACAGCUCAAGUGAUGAGUCGACUGGAGAUGCAAUAAAUCAAAAGCCAACUUCACUAAAAAGUGCGACGUCUAGCUUUAACGUGGCACCUAAAGGAGAGAUUCAGGAAUGCGCUGUGGAGGAGAAGAAACAGCAACGGCGACCAGAGAACAGCACUAUACCACCACCCAAAUACCAAGCUCCACAAUUCACUGGAAUGCAGGGAUACAAAGACGGCGCUUCUUACUCUGCUACUCCACCUUCUUGUAAUUCCGCGAUGCACCUAGCUGAGAGCACGCGUAAGCCCAGUUCCCUUCUUAAUGGGUCGAAUCCAGCAGUGUGGAACCAGAAUCUAACUUUAACGGCGAAUCCGUUGGCCUCCGUUUUGGUGAUGCCUCAGGGGAAGAUUCAAGAAUAUGAAUUGGAGAAGGAAAAGCAGCUACUUCAACCAGACUACCCCACUAUACCACCGCCCAUGUAUCAGGCACCCCAAUUCACUAGAAUGCAACGACAAAAUAACAUUUCUUAUCAGCCUGUUCCUGCUGCAUCGUAUAAUUUCGCUAUGGGCCCAGGCUUUCUUCACCAAGGAACACCGACGUUGUUGAGAUCAAUUAAUGCUGCAGAUGCCACGCCAAGGGAACCACAAAGUAGCCAGAACGUUGCACAAGUUUCGCCUGUUGCUAGCAACCACGGAAUAUCUUACCCAAACACCUACACGACUAAUGGUUUUCCAGCAUGGUCACACCACCAAUCGAACUUUGCAAGUGACAAUUUCCACACGGUGAGGCCCAACAUCUUUUGUGCUCCAACUGGUCAGUCAAUUGAUAUGCGCGACAGAAUCUUGCCUCAAGCCACCGUAGAGAUGCCAACCACCAAAACAAACUCUGUUUCUAUUUCCAAUCGCAAUGCGAACUCCGGCAUCGAUUUUCAGACUCUGCAUGAACUCACUAGGCGUCUGUGUCAAGUCAUCAAAACGCUAAUGCAACUAAUUGACGUUGACACGCCGCUGGAUGAAUUGAUUGACGUGUGUCAGGCUAUGAAGGCCAUUUUAAAAGCUAUUUACCAUAUUUGGCGUGUGCACAAAAUCUUCUCAUGA